AUGGCUCCCGCUCGUAAGGGGAAGGCUAAAGAAGAGCAGCCUGUGGUUACACUCGGACCACAGGCUAAGGAAGGAGAGCUAGUUUUUGGUGUCGCUCACAUUUAUGCUUCUUUUAAUGAUACUUUCGUCCACGUGACUGAUAUAUCCGGCCGCGAAACUAUUGUGCGUGUGACUGGUGGUAUGAAGGUGAAGGCUGAUCGUGAUGAGUCCUCUCCAUAUGCCGCUAUGCUUGCUGCCCAGGACGUUGCCGAAAGAUGCAAACAGCUUGGAAUCAAUGCUCUUCACAUCAAGCUUCGUGCUACCGGUGGAACUAAGACCAAGACUCCGGGACCUGGUGCUCAAGCUGCUCUCAGGGCACUUGCACGAAGUGGUAUGAAGAUUGGUCGUAUUGAGGACGUGACACCCAUCCCAUCUGAUUGUACCAGGAGAAAGGGAGGUCGCAGAGGACGUCGACUUUAA